UUUUUCCCUUUAAUUUCUUACUCAACUGUUAGAAGAAUUGAAGCCCCGUGUCUUUUUGAGCCUCUCAGAGAUCGAGACGUACAGUUUUCAAAUUUGCAUUUGACUAGCCAGGAUGAGGAAAAGAAUUAGCUCUCGUGUCAGAAAAUUUCUUUCAUGCACUGCUUCCAGAACUAACUCAAUUGACACACCAACCAGCGUGGACGUUCGUGAGGAAUACGCAAAUGCCUUCCGUACUGAAUCAUACUUAGACUUUUGGACACGUGUCCUCACAUUACCCAAUGGAGAUUCUACCACAUGUGCCCCAGUGGAGUCUACUACAGCAACCCGACUCUCAUCCUAUCGGCUCUUUGUUGAGUAUCUCUUGGAACCAAACCAACCCACGAUUACCCGUAUUCUAGCUUUGGCCCAAAAUCGACCCGUAAUCCAAUCCCUCCUAUCUGAUUAUUUUACCCAAACUGCUAAUGCUUCUCUCCUAUGUGGCCUAUUAUUGAAAAAUAUUGAUCAUGCACGUGGCGUAUUUCGGUAUCUUAAAACCACCAUUCAAUCCCUCGAAAAAACCCAAUUGUCACCAAUAGCAUUGACCCGCUUAACCGAGUUAUCCAAUUUCGUCAACCCGUUUGCCUCGACUGCUUCAUCAACCACUCGGGUUCGGACCAUUCAAGCCAGUUGCUCCGAAUUGUUAAAACAACUUGAGUCAAGCCGUGGCAAGGCUCGAGCCAAGCUUCAACUUGCGAAUAGAUUAAGACGUGGCUCAGCCAUUUGUCUCGUGGCAUUAACGGUUUCGCUAACUGUAAUAGUUGCAGCUAAUGCUAUGGCUCUGCUUGUGGCUGCACCGGGUCUUAUAGUGGCUUCGUUUGAGCUGGCUUCAACCAGAAGGCUAGCAAGAUCAGCAGCUCAGCUCGAUGCAGCUGCCAAGGGGAGUUAUAUAUUGAAUAAGGAUUUGGAAACAAUAAGCCGGCUAGUGGCUAGGCUGAAUGAUGAGCUGGAACACAUGCGUACAAUGGUUAAGUUUUGGCUUGAGCGAAGAGAGGACCGAGUUCAAGCCAGCGGUGAAGUGGCUCACCAGCUUAAGAAGAAUGAUUGCAGCUUUAGCUGGCAGCUGGAUGAGCUAGAGGAACAUUUGUAUUUGUGUUUCAUGACCAUAAACAGGGCUAGAAAUCUUGUAGUAAAAGAGAUUAACCCACCAUGGCUCUAAAUAUAUUAUCUUAGUUGCAACUGUAAAUAAUUUAUUAUUACUAUUAUUAUUAUUUA